ACUUUCCAACGUAACAAUGAAAGCCUUGACACAAUAACCCGAAAUAGCUCUAGACGGGAAGCCCCAUUUUAAGUUUUUGCUUCUAGAUUUCACAACGCUUGCAGCUAUGCUCUGUCAGUUCGCUUUGUCAGCUAAGUAGUGAGUGUAGGGUCCUUAAGACAUUCCACAAAGAUUGCUUCAGAGGCCGGGAAGAGUAACAUUAUCCACCUACACCUGUUACCUUAACCCCUAACGUUACAAGUGUGAGGCGGAAGUGGUUGCACCACAGUUGCACAGAAUAACCAAAAAAGGAUGGCUGUAGCCCCCCAGCCACACGUGGAUAUGGGUGAAUUCUGCAAGGAGCAGUAUAUCCGUGAUAACCUUCAAGUGCAAGUUCAUCAACCAUCAAGAGACAAAACUGAGCUAAAAAGUCACUUCACUCCUGUGUCAUCUGGAGCGCCAGCAGAACACCCCACAGGUGUUCUCUGUGGGUCAUCAGAAUCAGACUCUCCUCUACAAUUGCAAGGUUUUGCCACUUCAUCUCCAGUGAAUAUCUCCAGCUGUGGUGCAGUGGCUUUUGGACAGACGACCAUUAAUUUGAAUAUUGGGUCCCCACCAACACCUGCAUGUUCACCAUCACCCACCACAAGUUGUGGAUUCUUAAGCCCAGAGGAAUCAGCAGACAAGUGUCAAAGACAUCUGCAAAGACUGUACAGCCAGUACAACAGGACAUGUCCUCUUCCAUGGUACCAGGUGAAUCAGUUGAGUACCAAGGAGUCCUACAUCCCAGUCCAAUUUGAGGAGAGAUGCCUGCAGCAAGGUAACAAGGCUACGUAUAUCAAGGAGGACGACAUGCCGUUUGGGGAGGAACCCUUCAUUCGCAUCGAUGGGGUGGGUGGGAUCGGGAAAAGCAUGUACAUGCGCAGACUGGCGACCCGCUGGGCCAAAGGGACCUCCAAGAAACUAUCCAAAAUAAAACUCCUAUUUCUGAUAGAUGCAAACAGGAUCUCUGCAAGCACCAAAUGCAUUCUAGACACAAUAUUUGACCAGCUAAUGCCUGAUACUGACAUCCAAAGGGAGGUACUGAAAGAAUGGAUGAAGGAAAACCCCAAACUUGUCAUGUUAUUCAUCGACAACCUUGAGCAAAAUACAGGUUUCAAAGAGGAUAGCUACAUGGCGAAGUUUCUGAAAGGCCACUGCUUUCCUGGUAGCAAUAUUCUGAUCAGUGUCCGUGCAGGCUUUGUGAAAGGGGGUUCUUUCCUACAUAGGUGUACGUUGCAAUACAAACAGUACAGUAUGGCUGGCUUCAGUACUGAAGAUGCUAAUCUUUACAUUGACAGAUUCUUCAGUGUAGAGCAAACGCAAUCUGACAAUGAUCAGGGUACCAUGGCAACGAUACAAAAGGCCAAAGAGUUGAAAGACAUUCUGAAGGAUGAUUCGAAUCUGAUGCAGCUUGUCAAAAACCGUCUUCACGCAGCGCUAAUAUGCACUCUCCACGCCAAGAAUGAAAUGCCAAUGCCUAUGAGUCUCACCGGUGUGUACAACCAGUUUGUUGACUUGUUGUUCAGGCGAUGUUUUGAUUCCGAGAGGAAUUUGUCCUUCGCUCAGAGCUUUGUUGAUGACCCUGUGUGUGGGAAUCCGUACUCUGAGUGGAAAGAGGACAGAAUGUGUUGUCUUGCUGAGCUUGCUUGGGACGGCAUACACAGGGACCAUAUAACGUUUAGCAAAGAUGAGGUGGUUAAAAUUUGUGGUUCAGGGUCGGUACUGCAGGAUAUCCUUUGGAUGGGCCUCCUGAUUUGUAACGAAGAAUCGCAUGGUAACGUAAUACGGUAUGCUUUUCCACACCAGCUGUUGCAACAAUUCUUGGCAUCACAUUACGUCGUCAACCACCCGCUCACAUACCCUAUCUGUUGGACCAAGUGGUGUGACACCAAAAAGUACGAAAUGGUCUGCAUCUUUGUAGCAGGGUUGGCCAGUGCAGAGAAAUGUAGGGAGUUCUUUGAAGUUUUUGAGAAGUGCCAUCAGGUUAUGUUAGAGGAAGGGAAGAAAGGCGAUUGUUCUUCCUGCUGUAUAGACAACUGUGCUCUCUUGGCCUGUUGCUGUCUGGGAGAGCGCAGCCACCCCAUGGACUUUGCUGACAAAGUAGCCAAGUGUCUGUCAAACCAGAAGGAAAUCUGUAUCAGAAUCUUUGACAGAGACGGUGAUUACUUCAAAAGCCAUACGCUGAGUGCCUUGGCAACUGUGAUCUCUGCACUUUCUGAAGAGAUGGGUAGACCUAGGAACGUGAGGUUGACAGGUCUUCGUCUUAGCAAGUUUGAUGCGAGAGAUAAGGUAGGGGUUGCCAAACUAGCUGAAGCCAUCAGGUCAGCAAAGUUUCUGAAAACACUUGAGGUGUCACUGACUGGGAUGGACUGUAUGGGGACAUGUACAAACAGGGAAGAUGUUCUGAAGAUCUUGAAGGCAAUAGAAGAGUCAGAAUGGGUCCAAGAACUUAUCCUUGAGGCACACAUUGAUGCAAUGAGUGAGCAGGUUGUCAUGGCUGUACCUGAAGUGCUGAAAAACAAAGGGAUCAAAGUUCUGAAGUUGAUGACUUUGUUUGCUACCCAGUGUCCAAGAUCCUGCAAAAGACAAAGGGAAAACAAAGAUUGCUGUCCCCAGAAAGUGAAGACUGAGGUCUUUGUUAAAAAGCUUGCAGAUGCUAUCAAAACUAGCCAAGUUACACAACUGUAUCUGCCUGACAAUCUGUUCACUGGCUUUGCACUAUCCCAUAUGUCCAACGCAUUGACUGGCCACCACUCACUGAAACAUCUGAGCAUCUCAGGCUACUUCAAUGGAGCAAAUGCGAUAGACGGCAUCGCACUGGGUGCCUGGACAAAACUGAUUGAGAAAACUCCACAACUCGAGACAUUUUGCCUCUCUUCAAUGGCACUGGCCCACACUUGGAAGCCAACAGCCAUUGAAGAGAUUGGGCCAUUUGCAGCAGCUUUGAAAGAGGCACCCAACUUGUCGACAUUGAAGUUGAACUUGAGAUGGAUGUUUGGGCGUACCAUGCGCCUGUUUGCGGAGGCAGUAGGCAGCUCUUCUUUAACCACCGUGGAACUCUCCUGGCAUAAGAUGACGGGACCAUUCCUGUCAUUGCUUGCAGGUUACCUGCUUAGCUCCAAAACCCUAUCCUCCCUUCAUCUUAAAGGGGGAUUUCAAGUUGGGAAAGAUCUCGAAUCUUUCAUUCUAGCAGCUGGAACAAGCCCUGCUCUUUCCUCUCUCACUCUGACCGGAAACCCUUUCCACACAGAAGUUGUGAAAGCUAUUGCCGGAGCAGUUAGUAACUGGAGUCUGAACGACUUCACCAAGCCAACAAUCACACUCACUCUUGGGGGCAGAAUAGAUAAUUCAGUAGAAGAAGCCAGCCAGCUGUUUGUGUCAACAGAAGAUGAGCUUCACGAGAAAAUAAAAAGAAGGAAAGAUGAGAUUGAUAACACACUCAAAGUCAAAGCAGUCAACCGGGUGCAAGAGGCACUGAUAGCCCAGGGGUCUAAACAUUGUGUAUGGGUCACUUCAGAGUUCCAUGAAGGGGACUGCACCUUUAUGUUAGUGAUAAAUAUUGAUGGAAGCCUACAGCAAGGAAUGGUAGAGGACCACUUUGUCUUAAAAACAAAGUCUUGAAAGAACCUACAGGCGCAUGUACAAGUGGAAAAUGAUAAAUCUCUUAGCAGAUGCAAAAGGUGGGCUUGUUUUGACCAUAUUCAUAUUUGGUGGCCAUGGUGUUCUGUAAAUUUUUCUAGAGGUGCACGCUUUUGAACUGUAAAAGGCUCUAUAAGAACACACAAGACACUGCCAAUGUGUUCAAACUAAGCCCAACUGCUGAGUCUUCAAAUGGCAGCUUUACUUUGCUUAGGCUACACCCACAGUAUCUGUACAUAAUCAAUCCGUAUAAAACUAUAACGACAGAAACUGACCAUUUUCCCAAGCAGAGCCUUGUCCGCAGCCUAUCCAAUAUACCUUGGAGAGGCUUUGCUAAAAGUAAAGGGGGCUGUGUUCUCUGUGGCCUGGGUGUGGCCUCAAACCAGCCGAUUCUCUGACAGCUGGUUCCAGGCCUCAGUGGAAAACUCAGCCUGAUUUAGCAGAGCCUCCCUACAGUAUAGGCCCUCUCCCUCGGACAAAAGAAACUUACAAACUCAGGACUAUUGGCACUAACUGACAAGUGCAAAAUAGGAAGAACAAGAGCAGAAAAUCAUUUUAACUUGCUACUUUAUAAUUCAUUUUUAAAUGAAUUAUAAAGUAGCCAAGAAUAAUCAUACACCAAAAAGUAGUUACUCAAGCAACUGGAUAUGGUUUUGGAAAUGGUCAGACGUUUUGGAUAGAAUCCACUAUCCUUCGUCAGUGACACGGAAGUGAUCUGGAAG